AUGAAUUCUAUAACUAAAGCACGUUUACUUAAUCAAUUAAAUGAAAAAGAAUUGCAAAGUGGUUCAGCUAAUACCAAUAAAAGUUGGCAUCAUGUUUAUCGUGAGAGCGCAUGGAUUUAUGUUGGCGGUCUAGAUUUUAAUUUAACUGAAGGAGAUAUUGUAUGUGUGUUUUCUCAAUGGGGUGAAAUCGUUAAUAUGAAUUUAUUACGCGAUAAAAAGACUGGAAAAUCAAAAGGUUUUGCAUUCAUCUGUUAUGAAGAUCAACGAAGUACAAUCUUAGCUGUAGAUAAUUUCAAUGGUGUUUCACUAGCUGGUCGAUCAAUACGUGUCGAUCACGUUAAAGAUUAUAAACCACCUAAAGAAAAUGACAAAGAUGAUGAUAUUAUCAAAACAUUAAAAGAAUUUGGUUGUGCUCCUGAUGUUAAGUUGCCAUCGUCUUCAUCUUCAUCGACACGACGAAAAGAUGAAAAGACCUCGACACACAUUAAACAAGAGCCGAAGCGAUUUAAAAAAUAG